CUUUUUAAAAAAAACCUCUUUCUAUUGUAUUUCAUCGUGGAGGUAAGAUGUUGCCCACUUGCCUUGCCUGUGUGAGUUCUACUACCCAUGUGUGCAUGCAGGCAUCCAUGCUUGUCCUGCGCAGUAGCUGACCAACACUCCAUCACCACUUUGGUUUCCUGCCUCUUUCUCUCUCACUUCAGGAGGAGGAAGAAGAAGAACAGAUCAGUUGAGUUUAGACAGGCGGGCGGGCACCAACGCGAAAGCCUCUCGGAGAGUUUUUCGCCGUCAGAACAAGUUUUAGAAGAGCUUACUUAUGAACUCUGUGUCUUAGGUUUUAUUUUCUUCCUUUAUGAAGGGAAUUAAUCUUUUUCCACUUGAAGUUUUUUUUUCACCACAACCGGUUUUGAGGAGGCGGUGAGGCAGCAGCAGCAGCAGCAGCAGGAGCCGCGCCAAACUCACAAUGCGCCCUGAGUGAGCCGAGGCAGGGAGACAAUACAGACCGCACCGAGAGGAUCUGCCAUCUCCCCACCCGGGAUCUCCCCGUUGUUUUUUUUUUGUUUUUUUUUUACUUCUUCUGUCUUAAGAGCACUGUUCCAGGAAGGCUUUUUUUUUUUUUUUUUUUUUUUUUUGCUUCUAUCCACAGCCGGUUAAGCGAGCUGUUCAGAGUGGGGGGAAAACAAGUGGGAUCUGAUCUCCAAACUCAGCCAUGACGUCUCCGGCGAAAUUCCGAAAGGACAAGGAGAUCGUGGCCGAAUAUGAAACUCAAGUUAAAGAGGUCCGAGCCCAGUUGGUGGAGCAGCUCAAGUGUUUGGACCAGCAGUGUGAGCUGAGGGUUCAGCUGCUUCAGGACCUGCAGGACUUCUUCAGGAAGAAGGCAGAGAUUGAGAUGGACUAUAGCCGAAACCUGGAGAAGCUGGCUGAGAGGUUCCUCACAAAGACGCGCAGCACCAAGGACCAUCUACUCAAGAAGGAGCAGUCCGUCUUAUCUCCGGUGAACUGCUGGAACCUUCUGCUGCUUCAGGUGAAGAGGGAGAGUCGGGACCACGCCACUUUGUCCGACCUCUACCUCAACAACAUCAUCCCACGGUUCGCGCAGAUCAGCGAGGACUCGGGGCGCCUCUUCAAGAAGAGCAAAGAGGUUGGAGUACAGCUGCAGGAAGACCUGAUGAAAGUCCUCAAUGAACUUUAUACGGUGAUGAAGACGUACCACAUGUACAACACCGACAGCAUCAAUGCCGAGUCCAAGCUGAAAGAGGCGGAGAAGCAGGAGGAGAAGCAGAUGGGACGCUCCAGUCGACAGGAAGACAAGCAGACCCCGCGCUCCCCCGACGCGCUGGGCAACAUCAGGACCGAAGAGAGAGUCGUCCGCCGUUCCAGUGUGAAAAAAAUUGAGAAGAUGAAGGAGAAGAGACAAGCUAAGUACACAGAGAACAAGUUGAAGGCCAUCAAGGCCAGAAAUGAGUACCUCCUGGCGCUGGAGGCCACCAACAGCUGCGUCUUCAAAUAUUACAUCCAUGACCUGUCCGACAUCAUCGAUUGCUGUGACCUGGGCUACCAUGCCAGCCUGCAUCGAGCCCUGAGGACCUACCUGUCUGCGGAGCAGAACGUAGAGACGUCUAAACACACGGGUUUGGAGACACUGGAAGGAGCGGCAGAGAGCCUGGAGCCCAACGGGGACAAACAAAAACUGAUGGAGACCUACAACAACGUCUUCUGCCCACCAGCCCGAUUUGAUUUUCAGUCCCACAUGGGGGACAUGAUGGGAGUGAUGUGUGCACAACAGCCACUGGAAGUGGAUCUCCAUCAGAGGUGUCAGUCGCUUCAGUCGCGCCUCUCCACUCUUAAGAUUGAGAAUGAAGAGGUGAAGAAAACAAUGGAGGCCACUAUGUCCACCAUCCAGGACAUGGUGACGGUGGAGGACUACGACGUCUCCGAGUGCUUCCACCAUAGCAACAGCAUGGAGUCGGUGAAGUCCACGUUCAGCGAGUCGUAUCUGAGCAAACCGAGCCUGGCCAAGCGGCGUGCCAAUCAGCAGGAGACCGAGCAGUUUUACUUCACGAAGCUAAAGGAGUUUCUGGAAGGCAGGAGUCUGAUCACCAAACUGGACGCCAAGCAUGACUUAAUCCAGAAGACCCUGGGAGAGAGUCAGAAAACCGACUGUUGCCUUGCCAGUGGAAGGAGAAAUUCAACCUUGCGGAAGCAGGACUCAGGUGAAGCCAUUCCGCUGAUGGUCGAGAGCUGCAUCCGCUUCAUCAGUCGCCAUGGUCUGCAGCAUGAGGGCAUCUUCAGGGUGUCUGGAUCACAGGUGGAGGUCAAUGACAUCAAGAAUGCCUUUGAGAGAGGCGAGGACCCUCUGGCAGGGGACCAGAAUGACCAUGACAUGGACUCUAUUGCUGGAGUCCUGAAGCUCUACUUUAGAGGCCUGGAGCACGCCCUCUUUCCUAAAGAAGUCUUCCAUGACCUCAUAUCCUGUGUCUCAAUGGAGAGUCUUCAGGAGCGAGCGGUCCACAUUAGAAAGGUUCUGCAAGGCCUGCCAAGUAAAACGCUCAUCAUCAUGAGAUACCUGUUUGCCUUCCUCAACCAUCUGUCCCAGUACAGCGAGGAAAACAUGAUGGACCCCUACAACUUGGCCAUCUGCUUCGGCCCCACCCUGAUGUCUGUCCCUGAAGGCCACGACCAGGUCUCCUGCCAGGCACACGUCAACGAAUUCAUUAAAACUAUCAUCAUCCACCACGACAGCAUCUUCCCAGGCCUGCAGGACCUGCCAGGCCCUAUAUACACAAUCCCUGGAGCUGGUGACGACUUCUGUGACAGUCUGCAGUGUGAGCCCCCCCUAGUGGAAGAGCCGGCACCUGACACCGUCUCCGUCAGCCACAACAGUGAAGACGGCACGUUGGCUGUUUCAGAAUCUGAACCGGUCGAAGCCAUCGGCAAGUUCGACUACACGGGGCGCUCUGGUCGGGAGCUGACGUUCAAAAAGGGCGCCUCUCUCCUGCUGUUCCAGCGAGCCUCCGACGACUGGUGGGAGGGGCAGCACAACGGCGUGGACGGUCUGGUGCCGCACCAGUACAUCACCAUCCUAGAGACAUCUGAUGCUGAGCGCGGCAGUCCAAAGCCUGAAGUGGACAGCAGGGACCAGCUGGAGGAGAGGGUGUCCACUCGGGGCAGCGCACCGUCUCCCACAGGAGGCCAUGUGGCCGACAUCUACCUGGCCAACCUCAAGCUGAAGAAGCGGCCCGAGCCCGGGAACAUCCGGAGAGCGUUCAGGUCAGAGAGCGACAGCAUGAGUCCAGCGGCCAGCAGCAGUGGAGCAGGAGGAGCCAGAACAGCGUCUCUCACUGGUGGAGCUCCGGUGAAAGACUCGGGAGACAAACGUCCCGUCAGCGCUCACAACAUCCUCAACUCAGUGACUCGGCACUCUUCACUCAAAACAAAGGUGGAGAGUCCACAGUUACGGAAGGCGACCCCCGCAGGACGCUCCAAGAGUUUUAGCAACCACAGACCCCUGGACCCUGAGGUCAUAGGUCAUGUGGAGCUCACCGCACAGGACACCCAGGACUCUGCCCUGAGCGAGCUCAGUAAGUUUGAAAGACAAACGCCCUCCAAACACACGCACACCCCCGACGUGGUGCUGGACACACUGGAGCAGCUGAAGGGCAUGAGCGGAGGUGGCGGAGCUUCCGAGCCCUCCAGCCCGCUCCACUCCCGUCUGCUGCGGGACAGCGAGGGCGGCCCCUCUUACGUCCACCCGCUCCAGCGCAGCGCCUCGUCGGCGAGCGACGUUCCCUCGUCUUUCCGCCCUCCUAAGACCCAGCCACGGAGCCCCCUGCCAUCUGCCACGUCCCCCUCCCUGUCUUCGUCAACGCUCUCCUCGUCCGUGCCGUCCUUCAGGGAGCUGCGUCCACCGGCGACCAGACCGAAACCCGUGGUGUUCCCAAAGGGAGGAGGGACCGGGAGCCCGGCUAUGGGCUCUCCAACCUCCAUCGUCCCCCCAACGCCGCCUCCUCCGCUCGUGGGCCACACACACUCACUCGCCAACACGCCCCCUCCUCCUCCGCCCCCUCCACAGUCUAAUGACAAAUCCUGUCCCGCUUAAUUUGUCCUGAAUUCAUUGUAACAAUCCUUACAGCUCUUUCAGCGAGUGCAAAAAGCACUUCAGUUGUUUCACAUAACCCCUCUACUCACAUGUAGCAGUUUCUUAGCAACCUCUUUGGUGUCAUUGUCUUUAGCAGGAAAAGUGUGCCCUCUGCUGGCAGCUCUGCUUUGCUGCAAGGUGAAGUUUGGAUUUUUCUUUUCCUCUGCAGAAGGAUCUCCAAACACCGCUGGAUUUUAAAACCUGCAGGGGAACAACAUCUGGAGACUUCACACACUCACAUUUUUUGGGGGGGUAGCAAGGGUUUGCAUAAGAUUAAAAAAUUACGUUUGAGUGCAGGUGUAAGAGUUAUUUACCUUUGACAAGGAGCUCUAUGUGUAAAGAACAAAAAGCACUGUUUAAUUUUUGUAUUAUAGACUUGACAGCUUUUUUUUUGUUUUGUUUUUUUGACAACCCUGUGUGUGGAGAAACAGAUGGGAGUGUUUGAUUUACGAGAACAGACUGCGAAAGCCAAGCUCCCACUUUGAAGAACCGAAACACACCAACUUGCUGCUUCAUGAGAGGCAGAUGGGGUUUUUAUUUUCUCUUCGGAACGAUGAGAGAAAGGAAAAACUUGGCCAAAUAUCAGUGUAACUCACGUGAUUAAGAGCUUUAUUUACCUCUCCUUCAGUGUUUUAAUACAUCUGUGUUUUUUUAUUAUUGCAUAACAUAAACAUGUACCUAAUAUGGCCAACAGUAAUUCUGAAUCUAACAUAGCAAUAAAAUAAUGAAAGCUAAGAGUUUGGCGGUAUGAAGCUGCUGUAGUGCAGCAGCUUUGCCGUGUGUCUGUGUGUAGGGGACCACUGAAACCCAGCGUCUUUAUAUGGCAUUUUUUUUUGGACUGUGCACACAUUUUCCCCUAAUGUGUGGUGAUUUGAGGCAGCUAAACGCCUUUCAGGUUUUUAUCAUGCAUGCUGGGGCCACUCACAGUACCAACUAGCCGAACCCGGGGAUACCAGCUAUAACACGAGCUCCAAAAAGUCCAUCAUUUAAAAGUAAAGAAAACAUCUUGAUCUUGUGUUUUUACUAUUUAAUAAUCAUGUUGAUAACUGGAAGCAUGCAGCUGAGGAUCUUCCUGAGUGUGUGCACAUGUAAGCACAACCAACCACCUCAUCUUCUGUGUUCUCAAUUCUAUGCCAAGAAUUGGUUGGGUGGGGGAAAUUAUGGACUGUUAAAUCUAUCUGUAUGCAUGUGUGUAAGCGUGCACAUGCAUGGAUAGAGAGUACUUAUGCACCUCCCCAGCCUGCAUAUAAAUGAAUGCCAACUGAAAACUACAUUCAGGAGACACGUGGGACGGCAGUUCUCAAUAUCCUGAAAAUGUGUCAUUUACAGCUGCAAGUGUAUUUCUAUUUCCCUUUAGUUGUUCUUUUUUCACAUUUUUGCCACAUUAAAACCAUUAUAUUAAAUAUAUUUUAAUGGAAUCUUAUAGGAUCAACUCAACACAAAGUAGCUCAUAAUUGUGAAGUGGAAGGAAGGAAACAAUGGGGUUUGAUUUAUCCAAUACGCCCCAGCAGUCUUCAGUUUCCUUCAGAAGUCACCUAAUUACUAAAGAGUCUGAGUGCAAUUUCACCUCAGUAUAAAAACAGCUGUUCUGCAAAACAGUGAUGGAUAAUUGUCGCAUUGUAGAAUUGUGAUGUAUGAUGAUAAAUAUCAAAUAUAACUGAUGAUGUUUGCAAAAAUCCCAAAACUGACAGUAUGGUUAGUUCAUUUUACUGUUUGAAGAAUUAUUUUCCUUGUUGACUCCAUGAGAGAGUCAGUAUAUAUCAGUACAAACGAAUAUAUGAUUAAUUGCAAUUACUGUGUGUUGGUUGGUGACCAUAUACACUGACAGACUUUUACUGUUAUCACAAUAAAUCCUGUAGAAUAUCA